CGAUUGAAGCACCUUGUCCAUAAUCGUCUCAAUGAAUUUCUACUACUGUUCAGUGUGUAUUGGCACGUGCUAGACUCUGUGAUGCAUACGACGUAUUGUCAGAGUCCCCAAGACAGCCCACUCUAAUGGCCUCUUAAAGCCGGAGUAAUCCCGCCGCUAGCGACCCAUCGGCCCGACACCUUCCCGAACCCCGACCGACGUCCAAGUCGCAGAAUUCCCAUCCUCCAACGAACGCCGCGUCUCGACGCGCGCCGUGAUCGCAUCCCACUUGACCUCACCUCCAGGCCCGAUAUAAGAGCCAGACAGCCCCUCACCAUGGCCACCACGUCCUCCACCCCGCCGACCCCACGGCUCCUCGCCAUCCCCCAGCCUCUCCGCCGCCUCUUCAACGCCUUCCCCCUGCAGACCCUCCCGCCCAACGCCCUCCCCCAUCGCGCCCCGCCGUCCACAUCCUCCUCCUCGAUACCGCGCCUCUACAUCUUCACAGACAAUGCCGACGACGGACGGCCGAGCUACAACCCCUCCUGUCUCAAGGCGCAGGCCGCCCUGCGCAUAGCCGGCGUCCACGUCCACGUCGAGCCCUCCAACAACCACGCCUCCCCCUCGGGCGCCCUGCCCUUCCUCCUCACCGAGACGGGCCAGGUCCUUUCCGGCGGCAAGAUCUUUGACCUCGCACGGGCGCGAGGCAACCUCCCCACCGUCAAGGACGCCAGGAUACAGGCCUACCGCGCAUUGCUGGACAAUGCCGUCCGGCCAGCAUGGCUUUACGCCUUGUACCUCAACCCUCGAAACGCCACGCUCCUCGCACAUCUCUACCUCCCCAGCAACCCCCUCAUCGCCAUCCCGACCUCCACGACCCUCACGCAGGCCGCCUCGGCCGAGAUCCUCAAGACCACACGCACAGCCCUCAUCAGCCCCCUCGACCUCCUCUCGUCGUACAGAGAGGCCCUCGAGGCGCUGAGCACGCUGCUGGGCGAGGAUGACUGGUUCUUUGGCGACGUCGUAGGCCUGUUUGACGCAGAAGUUUUUGCGUACACCUGGCUCGUCGGCAGCCUUGAGUGGGACGACGGCGCCAUGGAGGAGGUUCUGCAGGAGUUUGGGAACCUGGUCAGGCAUCGGGAGCGCCUGUACCAGCGGUGCUGGGGUCACGUUGGUGAAAAGGUGUCAUGAGCCGCCUUUGGGGAUCUGGCCUAUGGAUGCCAGCCAUGUGUAACUGUAUAUGGUAUAAUCGCCAGUGAUACCAAUACAUAAUAAUCCUCGUCCAUUGACUACGCAG